CCUUUUAAUUUCUUCCUCAACAUUCAUCUCCUAAAAAACCCAAAAAUUUCCUUUUCUUUUCUUGCAUUAUAUUACCCACAAGAUCAGAUCAUAUCAGAGCAAAAUGAGAAUCAAACCCUUUGUGUUCAAAGCCAUUGUAUGCCUGAGUUUUAUUGUGGAGCUAGUAAAAUCUGACCCAGAUCCACUCCAAGACUACUGUGUGGCGGACACAAAAAACACCAAAAACUUGUUUCUUAAUGGGGUGGAAUGCAUCAACCCAGAUUUGGCUGUGGCUUCAAACUUUGCGACUUCAACUCUGGCCAAACCUGGCAACACAAAGAACACAUUCGGCUUCAACGUUACGGCCACCAAUGUCGCAGUCUUGCCCGGCGUCAACACUCAAGGAUUAACGUUGGCUCGUGUCGACUUGGCGCCCGGCGGCCUCGUUCCGCCGCAUACGCAUCCCAGGGCAUCGGAGGUGACAAUCGUGCUGAAGGGCGCACUCUUGGUGGGGUUUGUGGACACUUCAAAUCGGCUAUUUACGCAACAAUUGAGGGCCGGAGAUUCUUUCGUGUUCCCCAAGGCUUUAAUCCAUUUCCUUUUCAAUAUGGAUACCAUGAAGCCAGCGUUGGCCUUGUCGGGGUUGAGUAGCCAAAACCCCGGCGCCCAGCUCACUUCUCUCGCCACCUUCGCCUCCAAACCGCCCGUGCCGGAUGAAGUCCUCAAGAAGGCAUUUCAGAUCAAUGGCGUAGAUCUCGCUAAGAUCAGAAAGAAUCUUGGAGGAUGAUAUAUACAUAUAUAUAAAAUUAAAUGAUGAAUAUCAUAAGAAUGUUGAUUAUUGUUAAGAAUAAAAGUGAUAUAAUCGACCAUGUUUUUAUAAUUUUUAUAAUUGAUUAUAUUAAGGGAAAA